GGUUACUAGUACGUACUUGAUUUCUACACAAUUCUCCUUGUACAUUUUCAUCACCAUACCACCACAACAAAAUAUUUCAAACCUGAACGCCAGUUUGAAAAAGAUUCAGUGAUUAUGCCAAUGAAAUUGCUGUUUCGGGGGUGACUUGAAACAUAUUUACAUCGUGAUUUAUUUUUAAACCAAACAAGGUUCCAUUCAAUUUCUACACUUAUAGUAUCACUCAUGGAACUGAUGGAAGGUGUACAACACUUCAAAAUUCCACUAGAGGAGAUAAAUUUGGCCACCAGAAACUUUAGCGAUGAAAAUUACAUUGGUAAGGGUGGUUAUGGAACCGUAUAUGCAGCAAAACUUUUCCUAUCAGGGCAGCAGAGAACUGUUGCUAUAAAACGGUUAAAUAAAACCUCCAACCAAGGGGAACGUGAGUUCUUGAUGGAGAUUCAGUUGCUUUCAUGCUAUAAACACAAAAACCUCAUCUCACUUGUUGGGUUCUGUGACGAAAAUAGAGAAAAGAUACUUGUUUAUGAGUAUGCAAAACAUGGAAGCCUUGACAAGUAUCUAUCUACACCUGAACUCUCCUGGACGCAACGUCUCCAAAUAAGCCUUGGUGCGGCCCGUGGCCUUAAUUACCUUCAUAAUGAUGUGGGACCCCAACAUAGAGUCCUGCAUCGCGAUAUAAAGAGCUCUAACAUUCUGCUCGAUGAGAACUGGGAAGCAAAGAUAUCUGAUUUUGGAUUAUCAAAAAUAGGCCCUUCAAAUGUGGAGUUCACUUGUCUUUUCACUGGAGUUUGUGGCACAAGGGGCUAUCUUGAUCCGGAAUAUCUAAAUACUGGCGUUCUAACAAAGGAAUCUGACGUCUAUUCGUUUGGUGUGGUGCUAUUCGAAAUCUUGUGUGGUAGGCUAGCAAAUAGUAAAUAUCAAGAUAAGAGUGAGUUACUUUCUUCAUUGGCGCAAGAGUAUUAUGAAGAAAGCAGAUUAGUUGACAUUAUACAUCCUAGUCUGAGAACUCAAAUGAAGGUAGAUUCGUUGGACGUUUUCUCAAUGGUUGCAUAUCAAUGCUUAAAAGAAAAUAGAACUGAACGCCCAACAAUGGCUUGGGUUGCAGAAAAACUUGAGAAGGCAUUGGAACUUCAAGCUGGUUGCAAAGUAGAAAAAUUUAUUCAGAUUGGAACAUGGGGAAGACAAGGUGGAGAUCCUCAAGAAUAUUGGUCUUUUCAACUUGAAAAAGACACUUAUUUGUCGAAGAUUACCAUUGGUCAUGGUAAAACAAUAUACUCUCUCACAUUCACUAGUAAAUAUAAAGGGGGUGUGCACACUUCUAAAACGGUUGGUGGUGGGACCAAUGGAGACAAUGUUAAUCCUGUGGUCACUAGUGAAUCUACAAGCUUUUUGAAUCUUACUAGAAAGGUCAGUGGUUGGGCCAGUGGACACAAGGUUUCCGAGGUCAUUCUUGACGAUGGUGAGCAAAUAAUUAGCAUUAAUGGGAGCAUUGGUACUCGAGAGGGUUAUAAAACAAUUUCAUCACUAUCUUUUAUGACCAACAAGAGGUCCCGUGGACCUUUUGGUAAAGCAACAGACACUCAGUUUACUCUACCAUGGGAAGAAGGCUCAUUAGUCGGCUUUUAUGGUCUUGCUGGCAAUUACAUUGACAGCAUUGGUGUCUUUGUAAAAGCUUAUGAGCAAAUCAUCAAAGUUGGAACAUGGGGAAAGACUCAAGGUGUGGGUCCACAAAAUCUAUGGAGUUUCCAACUUGAGAGAAAUCAUCAUUUGAAGAAGAUAAACAUAAACCAUGGAGAUCUGAUAUAUUUUCUCAUGUUCACUACAGAACAUAGAGGCGUGUUACAAAAUUCUAGACUGGCUGGUGGCUGGAAAUUAGAAGAGACGCCUACUGAGGUUAUGUUUGAUUGGGAUGAGGAAAUACGUGCCAUUAAUGGAACAGUUGGGCUAUCAAGGGGAGAUGAUCCUGGUUGUGUAGUAAUAACAUCAAUAUCAUUCGUGACAAACAAAAGAACCCACGGACCUUUUGGUAAUGAACGAGGGAAGCCUUUCACAGUAUCAUGGGAUGAUUGUUCUUUUAUGGGUUUCUAUGGCGCUGCUGGCUGGUAUAUCGAUAAGAUUGGCGUCUAUCUAAAGGCUACUACAUAAACUCUUCUCUGACUAUAUUAUUGUGCUCGACAUUUUCACUACAACAAAAGUACAUUAUGGUACGUUUUUUGCUAGAGGUAUACAAGUCGGUAUUUGAAGUACUUAGCGACGUCGUAUUGUCACUAAAACUUUGUAGUUGUUGGUAACAUGUCAUAUUUAUACACUAUAUCUAACAAUCCUUGCC